AUGAGCUCCAAAGUGUCCAAUUUCUUAUCUAGAGUAUCUCGUCAAGUGCAUAAAUUCUGGCAAAAUGUCACUUGUGGUCAUUUUUAUGUUAUCUCAAUUGUUGCCCCCAGAUUGUACCAAAAUGCCAAAUCAGACAUUCAGUUUACCUACUCUGCAUCUAGC